AUGCGGCUUGCUAAUCCUGCUGGCGAAAGAAACAAAGAUCCGAUACUGAAUGUUUUAAAGCGAUUUAUAACAAAUACCGUACCCAAUCCGGAAAUUUCUUCCGGCGUAGGCCUCCAUGCAGCUUACUUUGCCAAGGAAUUUCCCAACAUCACUUUUCAACCAUCGGAAUAUGAUACCGCGCUGUUUGGCAGCAUCGAAGCCUAUCGACAGGGAAUAAAGAACGUUCGUUCCCCGAUCUACAUUGACGUUUCGAAGCCGUGCCAUGAAUGGGAGAAUGAAGCUAAUGUUAAUGCUAGCAGCUGCGCGAACCAUUUCGAUUACAUGCUCAACAUCAACAUGCUACACAUUUCACCGAUAGCCUGCGCUUCGGGACUGUUUUAUAAUGCGUCAGUAUUGCUGAAAACAGGCGGACUUUUGAUAACCUACGGGCCGUACGCAGUAAACGGAAAGCUCACGCCGGAUAGUAAUGCUCAGUUUAACAAGUCACUGCAGCAACGGAACCCAGAGUGGGGUAUACGUGAUACAAGUGAAUUGCGUGUAAUGGCCAUGCAGAGAGGAAUCAUAUUGCUAGAGAUGUUCGACUUGCCGGCAAACAACAAAUGUCUGAUUUGGAAGAAGGAAUGA